GUUGCCAAGCUCCGGACGCGUCUCGGCCAUUGGAGGCCGCGGGCCUGCCCCCGCCCGCUAGGUGAAGGUGAGAGUCUCCUCCAGUUGCUGCGCACAGAUCCGAGUGAACUACUUCAAGCGCGGGCUGAGAGAUCUGGGUCUGUCUGUCGCUAUGGCACCUCCGUCACUCUUCGCUGAUGUUCCCCAGGCCCAACCCGUCUUGGUCUUUAAGCUCACCGCCGACUUCCGGGAGGAUCCAGACCCCCGCAAGGUCAACCUGGGGGUGGGAGCCUAUCGCACCGAUGAUUGCCAGCCCUGGGUUUUACCGGUUGUGAGAAAGGUGGAGCAGAAGAUUGCUAAUGAUAACAGCCUCAACCAUGAGUAUCUGCCCAUCCUGGGCCUAGCAGAGUUCCGGACCUGUGCGUCUCACCUUGCCCUUGGGGAUGACAGUCCAGCUCUCAAGGAGAAGCGGGUAGGAGGUGUACAGUGUUUGGGGGGAACGGGUGCACUUCGAAUUGGAGCCGAGUUCUUAGCGCGAUGGUACAAUGGAACGAACAACACGAACACUCCCAUCUAUGUAUCCUCUCCGACCUGGGAGAACCAUAAUGCUGUAUUUACUGCUGCUGGCUUUAAAGACAUUCGGACCUAUCACUAUUGGGAUGCAAAGAAGAGAGGCCUUGACCUCCAGGGUUUCCUGAAUGAUCUGGAGAAUGCUCCUGAGCUCUCCAUCUUUGUCCUCCACGCCUGUGCACACAACCCAACAGGGACCGACCCGACUCCAGAGCAGUGGAAACAGAUUGCUUCCGUCAUGAAGCGCCGCUUUCUGUUCCCCUUCUUUGACUCAGCCUAUCAGGGCUUCGCAUCUGGAGAUCUAGACAAAGACGCCUGGGCCAUUCGCUAUUUUGUGUCUGAAGGCUUUGAGUUCUUCUGUGCUCAGUCCUUCUCCAAGAACUUCGGGCUCUAUAAUGAGCGAGUUGGGAAUCUGACCGUGGUUGGAAAAGAAUCUGAGGGCAUCCUGCGGGUCCUUUCCCAGAUGGAGAAGAUUGUGCGAAUUACUUGGUCCAAUCCCCCCGCCCAGGGAGCACGAAUCGUGGCCUCCGUCCUCUCUAACCCUGAGCUCUUUAAGGAGUGGACAGGUAACGUGAAGACAAUGGCCGACCGGAUUCUGACCAUGAGAGCUGAACUCAGGGCACGAUUAGAAGCCCUCAAUACCCCUGGGACCUGGUCUCACAUCACUGAACAGAUUGGCAUGUUCAGCUUCACUGGGUUGAACCCCAAACAAGUGGAAUACCUGGUCAAUGAAAAGCACAUCUACCUGCUGCCAAAUGGUCGGAUCAACAUGUGUGGCUUAACCACCAAGAACAUAGAUUAUGUGGCUAACUCCAUCCAUGAAGCAGUCAUCAAAAUCCAGUGAGGAACCACCAUCCAGACCACACCACCAAAGCAGUUCUCUGUCACCUGUGUUCCCUGCCUGCACAAACCUAAUUGUACAUGUGAUGGAUGAGAGACAACUGAAGGACUAGAAGCUGCCCUGCCAAGGUGGGCUCUGUUUAAGUUGGCCCCACAUGAAGAGAACAUCCCUUGAAAUGAAUUGGGAGCCUAGGAUUUUAGAGGCUUUUGGAAGCCAGAGCAAAUCAAGGUUUUUAUUUAAGAAUAAACAAAUAUUUUGAUCAUAAGA